CGUCACGGACGACCGGAAGUGGUCGCAAAUUUAAACAGCAACCACAGCAACAAUAAAGGCCUACUUUUACACUACGGGGUGUCAGAUAAAUCAAUAUUCGAUAAAAGAAAAAUUUGUCAAAAAUCAUAAAGAGGAGUUCUCUAAGGUGCAAACAAAACAGAAGGAAGUAUUGAAGAAGAAAUUAAUAUGGCCGACACAGAACAAGGAGAUGGCUCAAGCAAAGAUGGAGAGUCCUUUGCAGACACAUCAAACAACAGUCCAGUGAAAAGAGGAAGGGGGAGGCCACAAGGUUCAAAGAAGCUAAAGGUUUGUGUAACAGACAUUAAUCUCAUGGAAAUGGUUUCAGGCAUUUCCAAUGGUGACUCCACACAGACUAAGAGAGGAAGAGGGCGUCCAAAAUUCAAGGAAGAAACAGUACAAGAACAAUCUGGAGACGACGAUGCUGGUGAUUCUGUGCAGACUCAUAGGGGUAAAGGGAGACCCAAAGGGUCCAAGAAACUCACCAGUAAUAGAGACAAUCCCAUGACAGACCAUUCAAAGAAAAGAGGCAGGCCUAAAAAAUCCCUCAGCAAAAGCUCCACUGAGACAGCUACUGCAGACUUAGCCAAUGGCGGCUCUGGUACACCAAAACUGAGAAGGGGUCGUCCAAAAGGAUCCACAAAGCAAAAGUCAGAAAAUUUAACAAGUGGUGAUGAGGAUGAAAGCAGUUUUGCAAAACCAAGGAAAAGAGGCCGACCAAAGGGUUCCCCCAAUAAGGUACCCAGACUGCUGGCAGAGGUGAGCAGUGAUGGUGAAACUGAGGGAAGCCUAAGCUCACCAACAAGUGUGAGAGGUCGACUCAGGAAGUCUAGGGGAAAUUACAGUGGGAGUAUGACACAGCAAACAUCAAACGCCAUCACAAACACAGCUGGUAGAGGGAGGGGAAGGCCGAGAAAAAGCAUCCAACAGAAGAAUGGAGAUCAACAAAAUGGCUCCCAGAUAGCUAAAAGAGGCAGAGGUCGACCCAAAGGCUCUUUGAACAAGAAAUAUCCUGCUAGUAGGUUGCACGGUAAUGUCGGACAGCUUCAGGGCAUUGCUGCCCCUUCAAAAGGUAAGCGUGGUCGACCAAGACUGCAACCAGCCAAGACGAGGGGAAGACCCAGGAAGUAUCCUCUUCCAUCACCUGAGGAUUUGAAAAGGCCAAGAGUAUGGAAGCCACUUGGACGGCCGCGGAAAUAUCCACGUUCAGAUCCUCCAGAUGACGCUUCAUCACUCCCUCGCAGGAGCCGUGGUCGGCCUCGCAAGUCUGAGUCUAAGAAAGGUGCUCACUUACGCAAGAAUAUGCCAACUACUCCAGCCUCCACAUACAACCUUGAUGAUGAUGAUGAUGAUGAACCGCCAAAAAAAAGAGGCCGACCCCCAAGUGCCACGAAAAGUCACAAUGCCACGCCGCGGAAAAGGGGCCGUCCUAAAGGUUCGCUCAACAAAAAAAAAGUCAAUAGUGAAACACAGCUCAACAACACGCACAGCCAUACAAAAGAAGUGAGGGAGCUCUCUGCUGUUGGAGUGGAAUAUGAAGGAGUGUCAGGAGAGGAGGUGGUGGAGCACGACAAAGAUACUGAAACGGCAUUCGUCAAACAGAACAAAAACUUUGAUGUUAGUAACCAGGCUUGAUGAAUAAUCCCAGUCCAACCAAAACAUUUGCUGUUGUAGUUGCCGUUUUAAACCAUAGAACACGGUCUUUGUUAAUGAAAAGAGGCAUUUUUAACAUUUUUGUCAGUCGGGGUAGGAUAGAUAUACAGCAGCUCCUCUGUGUUCCUAACUAACAUGCUCAUCUUGUUUUAAUGUGCUUGAUAUUUUUUUAAAAAAAAUAUGUACUUUAUUUCUGUCAUUCAAGUAAGCAGUGCUAAUAAUCUUUUACUAGAACUGGCAUGUAAAGAAGUAUUAUAGACUGAUGGUUCAAGUUUUCAUUUAGCAUCCAGAUGUAGUGUUUGUCAGUUUAAAUGUGACAGUUGUGGUGCUGGAGUAUGACAAGGAGGUCAACAAGUUUAUACAAAUGUUGGAAAUAAGGAGUAAAAAAGUAGAAGAACAGUGAAAACAUAGAGAGCCAAAGUUCUGGCCUCACAUCCAGGCUGUAGCUUCUUCUGUUUUUGGAAAAAUUAAGUUAUACAUUCCUAAUUUUUUUUAAAAAACAUCUUUUUAUUCCCUUGAGUUUAAAAUGAAAACAAAAAUGUUCAGUAAUAGGAGAGAAAUAAGAGACAACCUAAAAAUAAAUAUUGCUAGACACAGGAUAAUAUCUUUGGUUUAAACUUAAGAAAAUGAUCAGUGAGUUGUCCCGCACAAACCAGCCUCUUCACGUUUUCUUUCAAACAUGCAUUCCUAGACUGGACUAAAAGCUCUGUGUCAAAUCCCUCCUGCCGCUCACAGUUGCUCUGACAUUUUCCUCCUCCACUUGAACCUUUUUUAUUUAGUUUCAGUCGUCGUUUCACCCUUUUAUCUUAAUGUCUGGGUGUAGCUGUGAAAUCCUUUUUAUUACUCGGGACUGUCAUGAGAUUGAUUUCACAAACAUUACUUGUUAUUGAGCACCUUGUGUAAAAAAAGAGAAAAAAGUUUUUGUCUGUCCCGUACAUCAUGAUUGUUGAUGUUACACCGUCAUGAUUUGAGUCAAACGAUUGCCAAAUUGUGUUUUCUGUGUGUCCAGUUAUGGAAGAUGAUUUGAGACUUGGAUGAGUAAUAGUCUCAAGGUUCACAGUGAAAAUUGAUCUGACGUUGUCAAGUCAAAUCAUUUUAAAUGGACAUAUUUGCAUUUAGUGUGUUUUGAGCAAGAUUCCAACAAUUUGUGAGUAUAUGGUCUUGAAAUAAAAUGUCGAUCUUGCUGUUUUGUUUUUCA